CUGCAUCGAUUUUUCAACCCGUUUCCACAGAGCUUCGUAAUGAAAACAAAGCGUUACUAUGGGCGGCUCGUGACAAUACAGGGCAUAUUGCAACAAUAAGGUUACCGGUUGUUCAUGAGAUUUAACUUUGACUGUUAAACAUUUCAGAAGGAUUUUUCAUGUGCUCGUUAGUUUUCUGUUACAAAUAUCUUAACAAAGAAUUCAGGCGUAUGAAAUUGAUUACAAGUUGGAUGCUGAACUGAUAGAGUGACAGCUGAAUGAUGGAUGUGUCGGAGCUUAGUAUGACACACCAAAAUCGAAGUUCCUGCGAACGAAGAUCUGCAGAAAUUGCUAAAUCGUUCGAGCACAACGAUAGCGAGAACGAUACCGCUGCUGUUCGCACAGACAACAAUAAUUAUGUGAAAGAUGUUAACGUGUCGUUGCAGAAACGAUGGACCAGCUCGGAAGAUUCAACCCGACCAUACAACCAGGAAACUAAGAUAAGCUUUCUUCGGCGACAAGGCAACAUCGAAGAUACAGAGACUGAGUCUCCGGACAUUAUUAGUAACGAUCAGUUUCGUAUAAUCGAGAAGCACUCACGAGGAAAGACACGCUACUCCGAUAUUCAUAUGGAUGAAGAAAAAAUCGCGACGAAAUCGCUGAGAGGAAGAAGGAGAAAGCGCAGUAAACGGAUCGACAGACGGAAAUUCAGUGAACGAUCUCGUACGGCGGAUGAUAGUUAUCGUGAUCGAAUCGACGGAUUAUCUCCCAAACAUUAUAGUGGUGAAGAUAAUAUCACUGAUGGAUUGCAAAGAAAGAAAAAAAACACCAGUCAAGCGGAUAAUGAGGUACCUAUUACGGAGAUCUUGAAGAAAGCAGAGGAGAAUGAACGCAUUAGGUACGAAGAGCCCGUACCACUUCCGGAAUUGACUACAGAUAUAAUUUAUAUUCAAGGCAAAAAUGGCUUUAGUGCCGUAAAAAUUGACAAGUUGAAACAUGCUUUGAGAAAUGAUGCUUUGGGAAAUAUAGCGAACAUGACAAGAAGAGAAGGUCACGAUUUUGCAAGAACUCGAACACACACACUGAUAAGGGUGGCGAUUACCGCUCAGAAAUUUUGGAAAUCUACAGGAUUUGUUUUUCAGGGUCUUUUAGGUGGAAUGGCGCUUUUGCAUUUCGUAAUGAUACAUAUCUUCUUUAAUACUUCAAUAAAGUUCGUAUCAAAUUAUUCGAUUUUUUCCGAGGUGUACUCAAAUGUGUUUUCCUUUUUAAUCGCUCUCUGCGUCAUCUCGAUUUUCGAUAAAUUCGAUCUAACGCGACUCGAUAUCGAUCAUUUGCGAGAAAUUUAUAUGGAUCAUGCGAAAUCCGCGAUUGCUAUUCCGCUUUAUUUAGCGACAUUAGGCCUUCAUCAGGCAUCAUUGAAAAUCAACGAUCAGUUGGCUCUGAUGCAAUACUACGAUAUCAAUGAAACUAUAUGGUUGAAUAGUACGAUACUAGAAACAUAUGUAGAUGAAUUAUAUGGUUGGGAGAAGAUAACGUUGUCAAAGGAUUUGUUUGCGGUACUCGCUUGGUUUUUCGUUGCUCUAGGAACACGCGACGACAUGUUACUAAUACAUCUCGAAUCGAUGGAGAAGUACGCGAGCAACGUGCUAUCUUCAAUGAAAAUUGAGAAAUAGAGAAAACCAUCGAACAUCACUGACACGUAUUCAAUUUUUUUACGCAAUUACAGGAACUGAUAUUCAUAAAAUGCUGAAAAGAAAACACAUCGGAUAAUGAUCAUGUAUCUUUCUGUAUAAUAUAGUGUGUUCAGCAAUUCAAUUUAUAUCGUAUUGCAUAGAUAUAAAAAAUUUGUCAAUGGUAUAUCUUUAGGACCGGUAUAUGAAGAAAGGUAUGAUUUAAACAUUUAUUUGUAACAGAAUAGCGUUUGAUAUGUACAAUAUGUAUAAAGUCUG